GUUUAAUGCAGCCAGGGCGGUGCGCAUGCGCUGUCAACUUCAUUCGAGGAAGUGUACGACAAGGGAGUUGAAGAGACAGAGAAGAGUUUGUUGAUUCGUCUCUCAAAGUGGACAAACAGGUCGUUAGAAUUUCAAAAUGUCAGGAUACGAUGACAAUCCGUUCGCGGAGCCCGUCAGCGUGAACCCCUUCAAUGAUCCUUCUGUAACUCAGGUGACCAACUCCAGCAUAGAUCCAGUCGACCAGUACAACCCGUUUCCUCAGUCCAAUGACGGCCUGGCGACGAACACCACCCCGGCUGAUUUCCGCACAACGCAGCCCUCCACGUCUCCGGCCGUCUUACAGCCGUCUUCAGAGCCCAGCCCUCAGGCGUCGGCUGCUCGCGCUCAGGCCGACCUGCUGAGGCAGCAGGAGGAGCUGGAGAGGAAAGCUGCCGAGCUGGACCGCAGGGAGCAGGAGCUGCAGAGCAGAGGCUCGACAGGAAAAGCAAACAACUGGCCUCCUCUUCCCAAGAGCUGCCCCAUCAAACCCUGUUUUUACCAGGACUUCUCAGAGGAAAUCCCAACAGAGUACCAGCGAGUCUGUAAAAUGAUGUACUACCUGUGGAUGUUCAACUGUGUGACUCUGUUCCUCAACCUGCUGGCCUGCAUGGCUCACUUCAUCACCGACUCAACUUAUGGUGUGGAUUUUGGCCUCUCCAUUCUGUGGCUCAUCCUCUUUACUCCGUGCUCCUUCAUCUGCUGGUUCCGGCCCGUCUACAAUGCCUUCAAGACUGACAGCUCCUUCAGCUUCUUCACCUUCUUCUUUGUCUUCUUCUGCCAAGUGGCAAUCCUCAUCAUUCAGUCUAUUGGCUUCCCUAAGUGGGGCAACAGCGGCUGGAUUGCUGCCAUUUCCAUCAUAGGGUCCAAUAAAGCAGUGGGAGCCAUCAUGAUCAUUGUGUCCAUCCUCUUUACUCUGUGUGCUGGGAUCUCUGUCGUGCUGCUUAAAAUGGUGCACAGCAUGUACCGCCGCUCUGGGGCCAGUUUCCAGAAGGCCCAGCAGGAGUUCUCCCAGGGCGUUUUCACCAACAAAACCUUCCAAACCGCCGCAGCAGGGGCAGCCUCCUCUGCCGCACAGGGAGCCUUCCGGGGAAACAACUAACUGUAGAUUGACGUGACUUCCUGUGAUGUUUGUUAUGAGGUGUCGAUGAUUUCAAUUAAAGCUGCAUCAUGAUGGAGGUGAGCUGAUGACCUUCCGUCACCUGAUUGCUGCAACAUUUCACCUCCGAACGUAAAGACCUUAAACAUGUAGGAGCUUCAAUUUGAGCUUCUUGUCUUUCGUCCCCAUUAUCAGAAUUUGACUUUUCCCAGAGGGAAUCAUCAGUCUGUGUUUGAGUGUGAUGGAGUAAAGCAUGGAGGGAGAGUCACAGUUCUGCAGGGGAACACAACGAUAAUGAAGUUGACUGAUUGCUAUCUCAGCAUGCUUUUGUAUAUUUUGUGCUUUUCUUUUCUCUUGAGGAGUGUUUGUGAGAGUAUGAUUGAAGCAUUCCUGUGGGUGCAAUAUGUUGUCCUCUGACAGCAUCCCCAUCCUGUAAUGGAGGUGAGAUGAAGCAUUUGACCUCUCUAGAACACUUCUUGGUGUUUCACAAAGUGUGAAAGGAAAACAAAUCGUGUCUCAAAUGUUUUUAAUUUGAGAGUCUGUUCAGCUAAAUUGUACAUUAAGCUUCUCACUGAGUUUGCAGAUCCUUCAGUUAAUGAGGCUUUGGUCCCAAAUGUUAAAUACAUACAUACUGUCAUCUUUUUCAGUCUUACCUGAAUCUCCACUCCGCUUUGUUUAAAAGUGUUUGUUGCAAACUCAAACUGUAAUAACAAUUAGCUGUGUAGGUAAUUUAUUCAUUUGAAAGGGCUCGUUUUGUUUUCAUGCAAAUUAAGGGUUGGACAAUUGGAUCUUGGAUCAAUCAGGAAAUAACUUUAUCUAUUCAUGAGCGUCAAACAUUUUUCACCAAAACUUCUAAACAAAAACGCAUGAACCUAUGGACCAGGAUCCUGCACUGAUGUUUCUUUUUCAGCCUUAAUUGAACAGUUUUUGAAUAUUUUCUCAAUAUGUUGUUUAAUUUGAAUGUGAUGCUAUGUGCCAAAAAAAAGGUUUGUAGUGUCUAAUGGGAUGUAAAAAAAUGCACAUUUGUAUGUGCUGGGACGACACACUUCAGUCACUUAUAUUUCAACGUUGAAUUUCACGGCUAAUAAAAUACUUCUGUUCUCCUUUA